AUGGUUCACUUGCCAGAAGAGGCAUUGCUUGGGGGUCCAGUCAACUAUCGCUGGAUGUAUCCUAUAGAAAGGCUUCUCGGAGAGCUGAAAAGAAGCGUACGCAACAGAGCGAAGCCCGAAGGAUCAAUUGUAGAGGCUUGGGUUCAAUAUGAGGCGCUGACUUUCUGUGGAAUGUAUUUAAAAGAUGUGGACACGGCUUUCAAUCGACCUCAGCGCAAUAAUGACGGAGGUGUGAGAAAUGAGCAACUUUCUGUUUUUUCUCAAAGCGCACGACCCUUUGGAGAUCUUGUACAAGGGGAGUCAUUUUCCAGGAAAGAUAUGGAGGUAGCUCAUUGGUUCGUAUUGAACAAUUGUGAUGAGAUAAUGGCAUACUUAGAUGAGCAUGAAGAGAUGAUGAAGCGAGAACAUCCAUCACAUUUGUAUUCCAAGAAACACCCCAAGAAGAACACCCGGGGACCUUGUCGCCAGUUGAGUACGGCGAAGCUCACUCGGGUGACCAACAGUCGUAUCAACAUCAGAUACGACGAGCGUCAUCGGGCUGCACCUACUGCGGACCAACAUAGCUCAUUGGCCCACGAUGUUGGUUCAGUCAUUCGGACCCAUUGUCCGAUGAAAUGGAAGUCUUGGAAGGCCAUGCCUAACGAGGUGCAGAUGGAGGUGCGUGGACAGCUGUCGAUCAACUACAAUUUAGAGAAUCUCAACGACGAUUUGUUCGGGUACAUCGAUAGACUGUUUGCGGAUAGGUACAAGCAGUGGAAGAGCAACCUGCACCACCAUUUUCAGGCAUAUGAUGAUCCGCAGGUUGCUCUUCUGGAGGGUUGCCCGAAGGAGCUUGAGGGGCGGGAGGAUAGUUGGGAGUGGCUCUGUGGUCAUUUUCAGGGGGCAGAUUAUGUGAAGAUGGCCAAAGCAAAUAAGGGCAAUAGGGCGAAGAAGACUCUUCUCCACCAUUCAGGUGCCAGGCCCUUCUCCUAUAGGAUGGAGGCGCGGCGGCAGGAGGGGUCCAAAUUCCCAGAGAUUGAUGUCUUUGGCGACGUUUAUGUUCGACCUGGGAAUGAGUUGGCGGAGUCCAUUCAUAUGACCAUGAUUGAGAAGAGCCAGUUGGUUCUUCAGGAGUCCGCCUCUCAGCUUCCUCCCGAUACGCCGCUCGAGUCCGUGGCUCCUCCACCAGAUGCAGGGUUUCAGAUCUUGACGGAGGCUUUGGAGCAGACUCUCGGGAGGCGGCCAGGGACAUAUUGUCGAGGGAUGGGGAAUGCCCGGCGGCGGGAACCUAGAUCCCGUUCAUCGUCCCAGUCAAACAGUGCUAUGACAGCAAUGAUGGCCCAAUUUGAAGCCCGGAUGUCCCAGAUGGACCAGCUUCAAGCCCGGGUGGCCCAGAUGGCCGAGCUUGAAGCAAAGGUGGCCCAGAUGGGCGAGCUUGAAGCCCGGAUGUCCCAGAUGGAUUCGUUCUUACAGUCCCUCGCCCAGUCCGGCAUUCCCGUACCGUCUUUUGUUCCUCCAUCCACCUCUGAGCCCAUCCAACCCGAGCAUGGCCAUCAAACCUCUGCCCCUGUCGACAAUGUCCAGAUCGGAGACCAAGUAGAUUAUCAAACAAUGUUUGAUUAG